CUAUAUUCCAUUCACCACACAGACCAACCUCCACGAUUAUCAAUGGCAGAUCUCUGAGCCAUUAUGACAAUUGGUGCCUUGCAGUCCCAGUCUCAGAAUAUUCCAAGACUAAAUCAAGCUACGCCCCUCUCCCCUUCUUCUCCUCCCCUACUUCUCUCUAUCCUUCUACCCAGCUUGCAAGACGCAGGAAGCUGACCUACAACUUCCAGCAAUCUGUGAAUAUCGCUACCUCAAGCACAAUACACCAUAUCGACGUACUGUCCUUAUUACUCGGUACCUGCAGUCGACCGAUCUGCUUUGACCACCUGUCGAACCGGGCUGCGUGCCAAUUUCUUGCUCGUGCUGAGUUCCCAUACCGCCUACCGUCCGCACGGACGGGAACCCGCAGACACUUCAACAUAAUCCCCCGAUCCAUCUGCAUUGACCUCCGAGCAGUAUGGCACCCAGAUUCGCAACAGGGUGGAGGAGAUUUGUUCCAUUCAUAGGCUACCAUCAUGUUCUUAUGAUCUUGAUAGCCAUUGCAAUCAUCCUCCUAUCUCUGUUACUCGCAGGAUGUUCCUCAACCUCUCCUCUAAUUCCCGACAUCUACCUCAUCUCACUCUACUACCAACAAUACCCUCCUGUAUUCAGCACUGUCCAGGUCGACCCAGGAGUCUCGACAGCCAUUGCGAAUAUUGUCAAUGAGGCAGAUCUUACAAUACGAGUUGGAUACUUUGGAAUAUGCAUCAAAGCCGACGGUGGAGCAUGGAUGUGCAACCAGAAUUCGACUGCAUUGGCAGACUUGGUCAGUGUCGACCAAGAUCCUCUCAACUUGAUAUGGGUGGCCAGCACAUUCAAGAACGCCAUUGUCUUCCCCUACCUGCUCAUCAUCGCCAUCGUACUUGCCUUUUUGACGUUCCUCCUCCUCGCAACAUUCCCUGGCUGGCACACGAGCACUGGUCCUGAUGGGUCCGAACACGAAGUGCGCCCGUUUCCCUCAAGGGCUGUGUCACAAGUGGCAUUGGCAACCAUCUUCAUCGCAUCAGUCUUUGUGCUGGUGUCGGUGAUGUGGCAGCACACUGCGGCUGUGGCUGCAAGCAUAGUUGUCAAAGACCUCGGAAAUGGAAGUGUCAAGUCCGGAGUCGGAACAGCCGCAAUGGUAUUGGGUUGGUUCGGCUUUGGGCUCCUGGUGAUUGUGACACUAGGAUUGCUUGUGAUGAUAUUGAGCAUACAGUUGUUGGAUCGACUUACUGAUGAAGACUGAAAUUGCAUAACGGCCACGAAAACCUGAGCGAUUUUGAUUGAUUUAUGCAUACGGCAAGGCGACAAGCAUCUCACUGAUGGAUGAAUAUGAGAGCAACCGGCGUUCAAAGAUGGAUUCUAUUCAGCAAGAAGCAUUUUAUCAAUGGUAAAGCUAUGAAAGAUAGCUCAUUAGAGAAGUUGUGGUCGGUACAUAAUGAAGGACCCCGAAGUUCGACCAAAAAAUUGCAAAUACUCUGGAGCUUGGGAUGUGACAUGGUUUGACAUGGUACCUGGGAUGAUGGAGAUGUUCUCGAGAAUGGAACAUCGUAUGUACAACUGACACAAUACAAAUGAAGAGAUUCAAUUGUCUCGUUUCC